AUGCCUUCAACCCAAGAAAGAUGGAUGGUCUGGAACGACAGCCCACACCACUACUGCCACGACCGGAAUCUCUUCUUCAACCUCAACAAGGAUCCCACAGCCGACCAGAACAAGGACUUUGUGGUGCUGGGAAAGGGCGACGUGGUGAUCCCCAUAACAGGAAGCGAGAAACUCACGGCCAUCCGCCUCCAAAACGUGUUGUACUACAAGACCGACAAGCCACGGAACAUCAUCAACCUGAAGGCCCUGCAGCGCGAUUAUCCCAAGUUAGUGCUGAGUCGGACCGUCAAGAUUGGCAUCUACGGCACGGCGAUCGAGCAUGCCGAUGACCCGGGCAAGACGUUGCUUGUUGUUGACGAGUACGACGAAGCUGCGAAGCGUUAA